CGAGCCCAUUUGUCUUCCUCUGCUCAUACAAUCAGGCUCUCUCUCUCUCUGCAGACGAGCCUCCGGGACCGCAACAGAAAAAAAGAAACAGUCAACGCUCACUCAAAUCGGUCAAAUCUUCUCUCAUUUAAAUGUCGGGAGAGCGAGUUUUUUUUUCUUUCCCCCCAAGUCGCUCAGCGAUGAAGAUUUAAUUGAUUUGAAGUUCAAAUCGGCGAACGGGCGCGCGAGGAGGGAAGUAACAGGACGUCUAUGUCACCUCUCGCUGUAGUUUCCCUGCAGCUACAAUGAGUUGGAGUUUCCUGACUCGCCUGCUGGAGGAAAUCCACAACCACUCCACGUUCGUGGGCAAGAUCUGGCUCACCGUCCUCAUCGUGUUCCGCAUCGUGCUGACGGCCGUGGGAGGCGAGUCCAUCUACUCUGAUGAGCAGAGCAAGUUCGUCUGCAACACGGGCCAGCCGGGCUGUGAGAACGUCUGCUACGACGCCUUCGCGCCGCUCUCGCACGUCCGCUUCUGGGUUUUCCAAAUCAUUCUGUUGACCACCCCCUCGCUCUUGUACCUGGGCUACGCCGUCAACAAGAUCGCUCGGGCAGAUGAGCGGACCGGCUGCGGGGAGAGGAGGCCCGGGAAGCCGUAUCUGGCGGGCAGAAGGCAGCACCGCGGCGUCGAGGAGGCGGAGGAUGACCAAGAAGAAGACCCGAUGAUUUCCGAAACGGCGGAGGGGGAGGGCGAUGGCGACGGACCGGUGAAAGGACGCAGCGAUCCGACAAAGGUCCCGGUGCGCCACGACGGCCGCCAGCGCAUCCAGGAGGACGGACUGAUGCGCAUAUAUGUCCUUCAGCUCUUGAUCCGCGCCGCGCUGGAGGUGGCUUUCCUGUUCGGACAGUAUGCCUUGUACGGCUUCGCUGUGCCCCACACCUACGUGUGCUCGGCCCAGCCCUGCCCCCACAGCGUGGACUGCUUUGUGUCGAGGCCCACUGAGAAAACCAUCUUCCUCAUCAUCAUGUACACGGUCUCCCUGCUCUGCCUGGCGCUCAACAUAUGGGAGGUGCUUCACCUCGGCAUCGGCACCAUCUGCGAGAUUGUGCGCUCGCGCCAGGUGCAGCACCCCGACGACGAGCAGCGUGGGCUGAUGGGGGCACAGGUAGCUCCUCAUGAGGAAAGGCUGGGGGCAGAUGAUUACAGGCACUACUCUUUUUCUCGGAAUGCCCCAUGCCCACCCGGGUACAACGCCGCCAUCGAGCCUCUUCUGGUUACGACAAAGCACCGCGACAAGCCGCUACCCAACUCUGACAUCAGCGACACCAAGACAGCGUCCCGGCAGAACCACGUGAACGUUGCCAAGGAGGAGAGUCUGCAGCGCGGCAGCGACGGUGAGAGCCUGUUCACAGCGGGGAUGGGAGACGCCUCCAGAUGUGUUCACAAGGACGCCCGUCAGCCGCAGAACAAGCUGGAGGCUGACAAUCCGGCCGCCGGCCGGCCACAGAGCCACGGCAAGUCUCACCGUGAGCGCAAACACCGGCAGGCCUCCAAACAGUCCUCCAAACAGUCCAGCAGGGCGGACACUAACAGAGGCAGUAGCAGCGAUUGUGAAGUCAUAAAGGGUUCUGGGUGGUUCUGAGAUGCAGGUUGUGACUUUUGGUGUUUUUUAAAGCAACGCAAAGCCUUCUCAGACUAAGACGUAGUCGCGUUUUCGUGUCCGUACUGUGUUUGAAUGAUGGACACGGCGCCCAGUUUACAUUCCUCUCAGCAGUAAGAUGUUGGUGCUGUCUUUGAGUCCCUGUGAAUACGCAGAGGUCGUCCAUGCUGUGAACCAAAGUGCCUUACUUACUUAAGUGCUGCUUCCUUUUGGCUCCACGUCACUUUAACUCUCACAAAAAAAUCUCAUCAUUACCGCCGAAAACACAUCAUCGUGAUCGAGUGAGAGCCGAAGCCAAAGCAGUUCAGUGGAAGUGUUUACCUAAAUAUAAUGACCUAGAUUUGUUAUUCAGACUGUUGUCAGUGUCUUAUUGCCAUGUUCUUAUACUUUUAUAUAUUUCCCUGUUUGUUUGAAGUUCUUGCUAUGAAGCCUCUCUGCACCAUUGGUGCAUUUUGUUUAUGAUAUUGACAUGAAGAAAUAACCGGUGCAUCUGGUGUGUUCUACGCUUUGUCUUCACUACAUUACUGUAAUUGGUUGCAGGUUUUCAAAUUGAAAUGUUAUUAUGGCUAGUUUCUUGCACUGUGCCAGUGUUUUUGUGAAAAAUAUUUUUACUAACAAAAAGAACAUGUUCUGAAUAAAGAGUUAGUGUUUGUUA